UGAUAGCAACAGAUAACUGCCAGCGAAGGGUGUGAAAAGGGGGAAAAGACCACAAAACCGCACUCAUAUCCGUCUACCAACCAACCAACACCUGCUCAACUGCACCAGGUCAGCAGGAGACUCACUCACCUGUUGCAGCAGCCAUGGAUUACCAGUGUAUCGUGAUCUACACCAUCGUCAGGAUAACACCAUAUCAUCCGUACAACUCGCUCUCGGAGCUCGAAGCCGACCAACAUGGAUGCGUUGAUUGGAUUAAGUUCUACAUAAAAAGAGCUGUCGCUGCAUACCUCCGGGCGCUGAACCUAUCCCCGUACAAUGCGGUCGUUCACGGAAACUUGGCAUGCGUGUACUACGAGCAGGGCCUCAUCGAUUUGGCCAUCGACACAUACCGGCGAGCGAUCGAGCUGCAGCCGAACUUCCCGGAUGCGUACUGCAAUCUGGCCAAUGCCCUCAAGGAAAAGGGCCAAGUCCAGGAGGCGGAAGAUUGCUACAAUACCGCGCUGCGUCUCUGCCCGAACCAUGCCGAUUCGCUGAACAAUCUGGCCAACAUCAAACGCGAGCAGGGCUACAUCGAGGAAGCGACCCGGCUCUACCUGAAGGCGCUGGAGGUUUUCCCCGAAUUCGCGGCUGCCCAUUCCAAUCUGGCAUCGGUGCUGCAGCAACAGGGCAAACUGAAUGAAGCUUUGCUCCACUACAAGGAAGCCAUUCGCAUUCAGCCGACGUUUGCCGACGCGUACUCCAACAUGGGAAACACCCUGAAGGAGAUGCAAGAUGUGGCCGGAGCACUGCAGUGCUACACCCGCGCAAUCCAGAUUAAUCCAGCAUUUGCCGAUGCUCACAGCAAUCUGGCUAGCAUUCAUAAAGAUUCCGGAAACAUUCCGGAUGCGAUCCAGUCAUACCGGACGGCGCUCAAGCUGAAACCGGACUUUCCAGAUGCGUACUGCAAUCUGGCACACUGUUUGCAGAUUGUGUGCGACUGGACCGACUACGAGGCACGCAUGAAAAAGCUGGUGGCGAUUGUGGCGGACCAGUUGGACAAGAACCGACUGCCGUCGGUGCACCCGCACCACUCGAUGCUGUAUCCACUGUCGCACGAUUUCCGCAAGGCCAUUGCCGCCCGGCAUGCAAAUCUCUGCCUGGAAAAGAUUCACAUCCUGCACAAGCCGCCGUACAAAUUCUCCCGGGAAACGAGUGGACGACUAAGGAUUGGUUACGUCAGCAGCGACUUUGGAAACCACCCGACUUCACAUCUCAUGCAGUCCAUCCCCGGCAUGCAUGACCGAUCCCAAGUAGAGGUCUUUUGCUAUGCUUUGAGCCCUGAUGAUGGAACCACGUUCCGAAGUAAGAUAUCACGCGAAGCAGAACAUUUCAUUGAGCUGUCACAGAUCCCGUGCAACGGUAAGGCCGCCGAUCGGAUUCAUGCCGACGGUAUUCACAUCCUGGUCAACAUGAACGGUUACACUAAAGGAGCCCGGAACGAAAUCUUCGCCCUACGACCCGCCCCUAUUCAGGUCAUGUGGCUAGGUUAUCCCGGAACGAGUGGCGCCAGUUUCAUGGAUUACAUCAUAACCGACACAGUUACGUCCCCGAUGGAACUAGCCGACCAGUACAGCGAAAAGCUGGCCUAUAUGCCCCACACAUACUUCAUCGGUGACCACCGACAAAUGUUCCCUCAUCUGAAGGAACGACUCAUCGUAAGCGGCAAGCAGCAAAACAACCAACUGGUGGACAACGUCGCCGUCAUCAACGCGACCGAUCUGUCGCCGCUGGUGGAAAACACCGACGUGAAAACGGUCCGUGAGGUCGUCCUCGCACACAAACCCGUCGAAAUUCAGCACAAAGUCGUAGAACUUCCAACCACAACCCCGGUCGAAACGAUGAUUGCUUCCGGGCAGAUCCAGACCUCCCUGAACGGAGUCGUCGUACAAAACGGACUGGCAACUACACAAACCAACAACAAGGCAGCUACCGGCGAGGAAGUCCCACAGAACAUCGUCGUGACGACCCGGCAGCAGUACGGCCUACCGGACGACGCCGUCGUCUACUGCAACUUCAACCAACUGUACAAAAUCGAUCCGCACACGUUGGCCUCCUGGGUGAACAUCCUGAAGCAUGUGCCGAACUCGGUGCUGUGGCUGUUGCGAUUCCCCGCCGUCGGAGAGACCAACAUCCAAGCGGCGGCACAGCAGCUGGGUCUGUCCCCGGGUAGGAUAAUCUUCUCGAACGUGGCCGCCAAGGAGGAGCACGUCCGGCGAGGUCAGCUGGCAGAUGUCUGCCUGGAUACGCCGCUGUGCAACGGACACACCACGUCCAUGGAUGUGCUAUGGACCGGGACGCCGGUCGUUACGCUUCCCGCCGAAACGUUGGCAUCAAGGGUGGCCGCAUCGCAGCUGGCAACGCUCGGCUGUCCGGAGCUGAUUGCCCGAAGCCGGCAGGAGUACCAGGACAUCGCCAUCAAGCUCGGUACCGACAAGGAGUACCUGAAGGCGGUCCGGGCCAAGGUGUGGCAUGCCCGUUGCGAAAGUCCACUGUUCGACUGCAAGCAGUACGCUCACGGCAUGGAAAUGCUGUUCUACAAGAUGUGGGAACGGUUCGCCCGCGGCGAGAAACCCGACCAUAUAUCGGCCAAAGAGGGUCCCAAGUAAGAUGUAACUGUGAAGAAGAGCUUCUCUCUGGGAGAUAGUUGUACACACGCUUGGGUCUACUCAUUUUAAAGUUUACGGUUUCUUUCCUUUUUAAUUGAAUGAAACCUUUUAUUUGAAUGGAACAAAGAGCGCAGAAAUAGAUCCUUGUUCGAUCGGACCGGUACUGUAAUAUGAAAACUUGACACUUGUAUCUAGAGAAAGCUUACAAAACACUAUUUAAACUGUAGUUAAAUGUAAAAUUAAGGAAUUGUGUAUAAAAUUCAGCAUAUUUGAGCGAUAAAAGGUAGGAUUCGUUUGAAGACCAGCUUGAUUUAAACAGUAGAGUUUUUAGAACUGAUUUUCGCCAUUAUAAACAAUAGAAAUUUUCCUACAAUGAAUUACAAAACUUAACGAUUCAACUAUUCAGUAUGAUACACUGAAUAAUUACGCAACCUGUGACGGAAACUUAAAAAAAUAACCUUUUCUAGCAACAAGAUGAAAUGAUUGUUCUAGAAGGAGAAACCAAAAAUCUUAAUUAUCAAAACGCAUUGCUCUUGAAAGAUAUUUAUAGCUCAAGCAUCCGUCAUCAUUUUUCGAAAAAUAAAAAGCAGUUUUCUCGCUGUAAACCAAAACAAGGGUCAUGAAAAUAUAUUCACUGCAUUAUAUUCCUCAUGUGGAAUACAGUGAAUAUAUUUUCAUAGCAAAAGCUUUUGUUUUGAACGAAAAAACUGCUUUCAAAUGUUUGAUGAUGACGAUGAUUUCAAUGACGAAAAGUUCAACGUUAAAUUGUUACAAUGCUUGUGUUUCCCACAACUAACUGUAGAUAGCGCUAUGCUCGGCCACAACAGCCUAAAACGGUACAGUCUGGCCCCUUUUAAUCAACCAACAUUAACACAGCAAAAUUCGCAUUUUUUGUGCGUUUCGUUUCAAAAGCGCACCUAGCAGCAGAAUGUGAGUCACUUUACUACAGUUGGCCAUUUGUGAAGAGAUAGCAUGGCAGAUAGUCAUAAGCAUAUCUUGCUCGAUCUAUCCUACAGGAAAGAAAAACAUUACCCGUGUCGAGCCCCUAAUUACCCUCACACACAUUGACCCAAGCCAAACAAGCCAAUAAACAUGUUGCGGCGAUGGCCCGAAACGUGCGAUAGACACGUAGAAAAAACCGCUACCUAAAAAAACAAAUGUGAUGUGUGAUGAUGAUGAUGACGAAUGAAAUAUGAAUGAACCGAACCACUAAUUAUUACUGUCAGAAGUGGCGACAAAAUCGGCGGCAAACCCUUUGUAAAUAGAUUCGUUUUUUCCCACUCACUCCUUUCCGCCGCCUAUCAGAACGACCUACAUACAUAUAUGAACAAGUCGCAUAACAAAGCAAAUUAACAAUUAUUUUCUGUGUAGUAAAGUAAUUGAUAGUAAGGAAUAAAUUCAUGUUACUUGAUGAAAAAAAA